CCCCUGUUAUUUUCAAAUCACCCCCAAAAUUGAUAUAGCUCCUCCUCAUUCGCAGGUGCUUUCACAAAAAGGCACGCCAACCCAGAUCUCUGAUUCGCCUCAUUCAAAUCAACUCAAAAUAUCGGUCCAGUGAAAUACAAAGUUGUCGGAGUUUUGCUUUCCCCCGACGUCACAAGUUUACCGAGUGGCGCUGAUGUCCAUUGUUCCCUUUCGAUUAGCUCCGUAAGUAAGGCCUUGGUCACCUAAAAGAAAAUAUGAUUUCUUUUAGCUAUUCCUUGGAAAGAUAUUUUGGUCGAAAUCUGUUUUAACACUUCCCACAAUUUGUUGGUGUUUCUCGACAUUUGAAAUAGAUCUCAGUCGCAACCAUUCAGGAAAGUUUACAAAGUGUAGGCCUCGAUCACAUCAUUGGUGCUACUUACUCAUCCCUUGUUUCCUAGGUACAAAUAAUUUUUUACAUUUCAUUACUUGUAUAAAAAUUGAUGCCACCGCGUUGAUUUCUCGGUUAUUAUCAUUUUCUUGCAUACCAUAUAUGCACUUGUGAGUUGUAAUUAGGUUACUACAUGACCCCACUUUGGGUAGAUCAGAAAUUACAGUUUGUGUUCAGCCCACCAUCCACUGUCAACGAUUUUUUAUUUAUGGGUGCAAGAGUAUUUUGUUGCUGUGUUGAAAAUUAUACAAUUUGCCUGUACUUUGUUUUUAUAUAAGGUCAGUUGCUUACUCGCUCGAUGUCGACGAGUCCUUUGUCCACCAAAUAUAUGCGACUAUGCUUGUUGCUCGAGGACAUUAUGCUCCUCUAUCGUACAUAAACCACAAGACUGUUAAAUCAUUACAUCAGUGUCCGGCCUAGACGUGAAAGGCGCCAAAUUUGUGCAUGCUUGGCGACACAGUGUUCUAACCAGGAUCCCUACCCAGUUGAAGUAUUUAGACAGACUUUUGGACUUGACAAAUUCUGCGUGUGUAUCCAAUCUACGCAUGGACCGUAACACGUUUGGUAGGUUGUGUCGUUUACUUUCUCAGGGGGGGCUGACCGUAGGAAAAUGAGGAGACCGAUAUAUUUUUGUCUGUAUUGGCACACCAUAAAAAGAAUCGAGUUGUUAGAACUACUUUUUGGCAUUCGGGUGGAACUGUAUCGUAUUAUGUCAACAAGGUUCUUGUUGUUGUACUUAGCCUGCAUCUUGUUCUUCUUUCGAAGCCUGUUCCUGUUCCGGAUGAUUGCACCGACAACCGCUGGAAGUGGUUUAAGGUAUUACAAUGACAAGUGUUUAUUUUGUGUAUAAUUUCCAAUUAGGCGAUAUGACCAUGACGUGCCACCGACUUAUUUGUUAAUGUCUAACUGUGUUUUAUUUGUUAAACUCGGGGUUGUUUCGGUGCGCUUGACGACAUCUAUAUUAAUGUCUUAGUCCGCAACGAUGACAAACCACUGUAUAGAACAAGGAAUGGUCAAAUAGCAACUAAUGUUCUUGCUGUGUGAGAUCGUCAAAUGCAGUUUGUGUACUUGCUCCCAGGUUGGGAAGGCUCCGCAGGCUACUCCCGUGUUCUGAGGGAUGCAGUUUCACAUCCCGAUGGGCUUAAAGUACCUCAAGGUUGCUAUUACCUUUGCGAUAAUGCUUAUGCGAAUUGCAAUGAAUUCCUAACGCCAUAUAAGGGAGUACGCUAUCAUCUGAAAGAGUGGGGUCCCAGCACUGAGACUCCCCAAAACACGAAGGAAAUAUUCAACAUGCGGCAUACCAAGGCACGAAAUGUGAUCGACCGUGCCUUUGGAGUCUUAAAAAUACGGUGGGGAAUUCUAAAGAGCUCUUCCUUUUAUCAUGUACAGACACAAAUCCGCCUAAUCAUGGCCUUUUUUUUGCUCCACAAUUUUAUUCGACGUGAAAUAGAGGUGGACUUGGUAGAACUUGAACUAGACACAAACAACUUUACCGCGAACACAGAGGAAGACAACAUCGUCGGGGAGUAUGUUGAAUAUAUCGAGCCCUCUUCAGAAUGGACUCAGUUCCGAGAUAGUGUAGCACUCAACAUGUGGAAUAACAGAUGAAUGACUUGUUUCAAAACACGUGACUUGGAUGACUUGUUAAACUAUUUCUAAAUGAUCUAUUUGUAUCCCUAGGCACUAUAUAAUUUGUUGAUUAUGUCAUUUGCUGCUCUAUGAACACCUACUCAUUUGCUUAAAUUAAUUGUUGAUGAUGAUCUAGAUAUAUGGUUCUAUCUGAUUUUUUGACAGCACGAUGAAUCCCAAAGGAGAAACGCCGGAAUGUGUUUGCGGUUACGGGAGGAUGGUACUUAGGUGUGCUGGGAAGUCAGCCCAGAAUGCUGGACGAUAUUACUUGAAGUGUCCAGUGAACGGGAAGCAUCCGGGGUCUUUUAAGUGGUAUGACGAGGUGGCCUCAGACACCAUGCAUCGAAGCUGGAAUCUCCAGACUGAAAGAGGGAAACGAGCUGAAGAUGUACCUGAAUCAGAGCCAAUGUGAUCAGUGUGUUGGAUAUAUAACUAUUUUGUAUGAACACUUCUUGUGGUGCAUCAACUAUUUUGGUAUAUGAUAAUAUAUAAUAUAUAAUAUUAUAAUUUUAUGUUUA